AUGAAAUUAAUGCGAUCAACGUUCCUUUUGGCAGCACUGCUACUAGUCGCCACAGUGCGGGCCGAAGAAGAAAAGCAGAAAUCCGCCGCAGCUGAAAAACAAGUGGAGCAGGCAAAUGAUGAAAAGCAGGCUGAAGAAACCACCAAAUCGAAACGUGGACUUCAUCAUCAUGAAACCUAUCAUCAUCAUGUCCAUCACUAUCCUGUCCAUGAGGAGAAAACUUUAACAAUUAUCAAGAAAAUUCCCUAUCCCGUCAAGGUGGAAAAGGAAGUCCAUGUACCCGUUGAAAAGAUUGUUCACGUUCCCUAUGAGGUGAAAGUGCCCAAACCAUAUCCCGUGGUCAAGCAUGUACCUUAUGAAGUGAAAGAAAUUGUUAAAGUUCCUCACGAAGUGCCAGCUCCAUAUCCCGUCGAAAAGAAAGUUCCAGUACCAGUACAUGUACCCUAUGAUCGUCCAGUCCCAGUUAAGGUUUACGUACCAGCACCCUAUCCCGUAGAGAAGAAGGUGCAUGUGCCCGUUAAGGUGCAUGUUCCAGCACCAUAUCCAGUGGAGAAGAAGGUCCCAUACCCUGUGAAGGUCCAUGUGCCUGUGGAGAAACCAUAUCCCGUUGAAAAGGUGGUGCAUUAUCCCGUUAAGGUUCCAGUUGAGAAACCCGUCCCCUAUAAGGUGGAGAAACCCGUCCCCUAUGAAGUGGAGAAACCAGUACCUGUACAUGUUAUCAAGAAGGUCCCUGUACCCGUACAUGUCCCCUAUGACAGACCCGUGCCAGUGCAUGUUGAAAAACCCGUACCCUAUGAAGUUAAGGAACAUGUCCCACAACCCUAUCCCGUUGUUAAGGAAGUUCCAGUGAAGGUUGAAAAGGAGGUUCACUAUCCUGUACAUGUACCCUAUGAAAAGCCUGUGCCAGUCCACUUAGAGAAACACAUACCCGAAUAUCAUGAGAAACACAUUUCGUACAAGGAACCUGAAUUCCAAUACAAGAAAAUCGAACAUCACGAACCUGAACACAAAGUCGAAGAAAAGGAGGAAGAGGGUGGCCACAAGGAGGUCGAAGAGAUCAAGGAAAUACACGAAGAACCAGAAGAGGUGGAUCAUGAGAAAUAUAGUCAUGAUUAUAGUCAUAGUUAUUAUCAUCAUCAUCAGUAA